UAAAGUUGACGACAGGGAGUGGAAGCUCUUUAACGUUCACAGUUUUGCUGAUCUUGUGAUUGUCCUCUGAAAAAAGCAAGAUGGGGAAGGGAUACAAUAAUUACAUGACCAAGAAGUUCUUCCAUCCAUCGAGCAAAGAGAAUAUCAAAAGAGUAUGGAUGGCCCAGCAGAAACAUGCCCAUGACAAACAGAAACAGGAAGACUUGCUGAAUCAAUAUCAGAGAGAACAAGAAAUGUACAGCAAUAGGGCAUUACUGGGUGAUGAGAAAGCACAGCUGGGUUUGAGUUUCAUGUAUGACCCUCCACCAGGACUAAAGAAGAAGGAGAAAGAAGACGAUGAACCUGAAUUCAAGUUUGAAUGGCAGCGGAAGUUUAAUGCCCCGAGAGAAGCCUAUGCCAAGGAUGAUGAGACGAUCCGUGACCAGCCCUUUGGUAUCGAAGUGAGGAAUGUGCGCUGCAUCAAGUGUAGGAAAUGGGGUCACGUGAACACAGACAAGAUCUGUCCUCUUUUCUUCGAGGACUUGACAGCUGAACCGCCUCAGCCUGGACAAAGCACUGAACAGUUGGCUGAUAGUUACCAGGAGGAAGGAUUCAUGUUAAAGCAAAGCAUCUUAUCCAGGUUGAUGAAUUCUGGUGCAGCCAACGAGAAGCUGGUAGGCAGUGAAGAUGAGGAUGACCCAGAGGUCAAAUUCCUGAAGUCAUUGACCCCCAAACAGAAGAAGAAACUGCUAAAAAAGCUUGACAAGAUGCAGAAAGGGAAGUCUUCGGAGAAAAAAGGGAAGAAAAAACACAAGCACAAACACAGGAAAGGUAGCAGUGAUUCAGACCAAGAUGUUAAAGGGAAGUCUCGCAAAUCCAAAAAGUCGAAACGUCGAAUCGAAAGGGAAUCUUCAGAGUCUUCCAGUGACUCACAAUCUGACUCAGAGUCUGAUGGAGAAGAAUUCCAGAGGAAAAGAGAAAGAAGUAGAAGUGGUGGUCAGCAUCAUGAUGACAGACAUAGACGUGACAUGACGCUUUCCCAUCCUGGGAGUUCUCAUAAUAACGCCAGGCGAGAUCCUCAAGGGAGACAAUCUGUAGAGAAGUAUGGAAAACACCGAAGAAAUUCAUCUUCUAAUGAGACAAGAGAGCGAGGGCGGGACGAAAGGUAUGCUGAGGAAACGGCCAGGGACAAAAAGCAGAGAAGAGAUUCUGUGGAGAAAUCCAGAAGGCAAGGGAGGGAUUCUAGUUCUUUUGAAAAUCCAAGGCAGUCACGUAAGGACUCGGUUGAAAUUCCCAGAAGGAAAAGAAGGGACUCUAGUUCUGUUGAAAAAUCCAGAAAGCAACAGAGGGAUUCCAGCUCUGUUGAAAAAUCCAGAAGGCAGCGGAGGGAUUCCAGCUCUGUUGAAAAAUCCAGAAGGCAACGGAGGGAUUCCAGCUCUGUUGAAAAACCCAGAAGGCAACGGAGGGAUUCCAGCUCUGUUGAAAAACCCAGAAGGCAGCAAAGAGAUUCCAGCUCUGUUGAAAAACCUAGAAGGCAACGACGGGACUCAGACUCUUCUAUUGAUAGGGGCGUUAAGCAAGCGAGACAAGACAGAAGACAGAGAGAGAAGCGUAGACGGGACUCUGAUAGUAGUGACAGUGAACAUGAUAUGUCUAGAAAAAUUAACAGUUAUGCCAAAAAUCAGCAAAAGUACAAACCAAGGCGAUCUCCUCAAUCUAGCCCAGCUCGUAAUUGGACGUUCAAGGUAUAGAAGU